AAGCUAACAGUUGUGAUUUGUAAGAUAUAAGAUAUUAUGCAAUGGCAACAAUUCGACGCAGUAAAUAUGUCGGUCGGUGAUGAAAUGUGUUUGUCAACAUUCUAUCGAUCCCUUUUUAAAUAAAUGUUUCAUUUAUAAAUUCCUCAACUUCAAAAAUCUGUAGUCUCUUCUCACAUUAUACAUUGUUUAUCGUUGUUUACCUUGUAACUGAAAACUAAAUGUAAAUAGAAAAUAUAAUCAUAAAAAAAUUCGGAAAAUUAAAAUAUGUUUCACCAAAAACAUCAAUUCUAAGCCGGUUACGCUAUAAGGUGUUGUGAAAAUCUCAAUUGAGUGUUAAAUAUUGAACCUAUAUUUCGUGAAAGUGAAAGCUUCUGCCGUAUGUUUGGUCUAGCUACGAAAAAUCAAUAAAUCCUGCAGUGCGUUGCUAAGUUGCAAUUACGUAUCUAUGCAUUAGCCUAAAUUCAUUAUAAAAUGAAUCCUAUGCACUAUGUUUAAAGUUCUACGGGGAAAAUGAUGGAAGGAAUGUUGACCCAAAGAGUUACACCGCUUUUAAAAUGUGUCGUCUUAUUUUUAUUCAUUUUCACUGCGAAGGUAUUAACGUCAAGACCUCAAGAAUCUCAAGACACCAAAAACAACAUACAACACUUAAAACCAUCUCAUUAUGUGAGGACUUUCACCAAAUACCAUCACAGGAGAAGUAUACAGUGGAACAAUAUGCAAGAUUUAGCUGACUACUGGCCCAUCCAAGACCAGUCCCAACCCAAGGUCAUAGGUAAGAGAAGUGUAGAUACAAUUAGUACAAAUGACUUUGUAAGUGGAAAUGAUCAAGAUUUAAAUCAACUUGUAUCUGAGUCUGUGAGGAACAAUAUUGUUGGAUCAUUUGAGAAGAAUGCUAUCAACUCGAAUAAGGAAGAUUCUGGAAGUCAAAAUACAGUAUCCAGCCAAGUGAAACAGUACAAAGUGAAGGCAGCUAUAAUUGUGACUGAUGCACCAACUACAAAAGGACCAACUAUUUCCUGUCUCUAUAAGAUCCAUAAUGUGGCUUUGAGUGUUACACCAUCCUAUGAUGAUGAAAAGAAUGCUCAAUUAGUUGUUGAAAAUGAAAUAUUUGAUACACCUGGCACCCUGUCAGAGACAACAUUGCCAAGUGGUGAUGUGGCUCAGAUAGAACAUUGCACAGACCCUCGAGCCUUCUGCUAUACUCUCUGGCAUCAAGACAAGGAGGGCAACAUCACAGUUAUGGGGCAAGGUUGUUGGCGAUCCUCUCAAACCGAAGGUUGUGACAAAUGUACAAGAGUUACAGCUCGCCUGCCAGGCAGCAAGUUCUGUUGUUGUACUAAAAGCUAUUGUAAUGCUGAUUUUCUAUCCCUCAAAGAAGAAACAGUUACUGUAAAAGCAGAAUCGACAAUGAGUAGUUCCUCGCAACAACCAAAGUACCCAAGUAUCAUUGCGUCAGGCAUCUUAGCUCUGGUUUCGGUACUAGUAAUAGCAAUCAUGUGUAGGAACAUAUACUGCAGGAAAACACUGGUAAAGGAUGAUUUGAGUGAUGCCACUGAUGUUGAGAAAGGUGAUGUAAUGGGAAGUGGACCUGAUGCAUUGGCGACGGGCUUGCUGUGUGUGGAUAACCUUAAUCUUAUUGAGCACAUAGGUCAGGGUAAGUUCGGGUCGGUGUGGCGCGGCACGCUGGGCGCCACGCCGGUGGCAGUCAAGUUGUACAGCAACGCCUCCGCCUGGCACAAGGAGGCCACCAUAUACGGCCUGCCGCAUCUAGCGCAUCCUAAUCUACUGAGAUACUAUGGUAGUGAGAGUCGGUCUACUAUGACCGAGGGUGUGGGUCGCGAACACCUCGUGGUGCUGGAACUCUGCUCCAGUUCGCUGCGAGCGCGGUUAGAGCGCGCCCCGCUCACGUGGCUGGAGUUCGCAACACUCGCGCACGGGGUGGCCGCCGCACUCGCACAUCUACAUACACCCAGCGGCAGCAAGCCGUGCGUGGUGCACCGCGACGUGAACAGCAAUAACGUGCUGGUGUCGGCGGAGGGCCAGGCGGGCACUCUCCGCUACCUGUCCCCGGAGGCGCUGGAGGGCGCGCUGGACCUGAGCGGCGCGCGCGCGGCGCUGUGCGCGGUGGACGUGUUCGCGCUGGCGCUGGUGCUGUGGGAGAUGCUGUGGCGCUGCGCCGGCGCACACCGCGCGCGCGCGCCGCCCUACGCGCCGCCCUACCACCACCUCGGCCUGCCCCACCAGCCCACGCUCGCGCAGAUGCAGAGUCUAGUGUCCCGCAACAAGGCGCGUCCGCCGCUGCCGCGCGGCCCGGUUCCCGAAGCGCGUGCGCUGAAGAUCGCCACCGACACUUGCGAUGAAUGCUGGGAUCAUGAUGCUGAAGCUAGAUUAACAGCGGUGUGCGUUGAGGAGCGGAUGUCGGAACUGAAGAUGAUGUUGUUGGUCCAAGGACCCGUCAUACAUGAUAAUAACUUGCAUCCUCACACACAUGGUGACACAAACAUCCCAUCGACACCAGAAAUCGAUAAGAAUUCGAAUUGCACGGCACCUCACAACGGUGACGUCAGCACUCCCCUUUUAUACACACAGCCUCAUAUCGGCCGCAACGCCUGCAUAGAGCGGAACACACACGACGCACAUACACACACACACACGACACACCUCGUACACAAAAGUCUCAAGGACAUCGCGGACACACACACACAACCCCAAACACAAAACGUACUAGAAAACUGCCUCUCAGUGGCCAGAGUUACCCGGAACACGGCACAAGAGAAUUCAGACAGAUUCAACGAAAUAAGAUCCUAUCAAAGACCACUUGAAUAUGUCCCCAAUGACGUCAGCGCCCACGACGCAGAUAGAAGACCUAAAGAAACUAAUCUACACCAAGAUAUGAAAACGGAGAAACCAAGAUGGGGUAUUCGGAAAUUCUUUGAACGUAAACUAGGCAGAGCGGCCAAACCACUCGAAACUGAAGUCAAGUUAAUCGCAGAAGGAUCAGCCAAUAGUUUAUUACAAAAUGGUAGAACAAAAACUUCCUUAAUAGAUAAACCGAGCAAUAUAACAUUUGAUCGACCGACUAAUUUAGUUCUAAAUCAGAGCGGAUCGUUCAACUUCGAAGGGCCAUGCACUUUAUCACCUCCAAAUAGAACUUUGUCGCCUACAAUGAUGAUGGAAUCCGAAAACCGAGAUAGGGUCUUUAAAGAAUUACCCUCGAGGGACGAAAAGGAGCCGAGAAAUCAAAUAUUCGCAGUCAUAGUUCCGAAAGCAAAACCCGCCGAUAUCGGAAACAUGAGCAAAACAUCGAGAGGAAGCUCCGAAAGUUUGAACAAAAAUUCGAUUCGCACAUCCAUGUCUUCGCAGAGUAAUUUCAAAGCUGGCAACUCAGAGUCCGAAGAUUCAACAGCAAAGAAGAGACUCAGCUGUGAUAAUAGAAUCAUAUCUAAUUCAUCAAAUAGCGGACGAUCUUCUAGAGCGAGUAUAAAUCUAGAACUUCAAUACAUCGAUACAAACCAUACGGAACAAAACGAUAGUCCCUUCGAUAUAAAUUCCGAUUGUUCUAGCAGCGAGGAUGAGAAUCUCAUGCUGUUAUCCGAAAACGAACGUCUCCAGAACGAAGUCCUUAAAGAGACCGGUCAAACGAAAACCGAUUACGCAUUUAACAAAUAUGCCAAUAAAUACGCCAAUUUCGAUAACGAAUUCAGCGAUCCGAAUGACAAAGAGAACGCUGUUAAUGGAUACAGUGGCGAUAAUCCCGUAUAUUUAGCAGCAUUGAACGGAGAGAUCGAUACGACGGAAUUGAAAUUUCUAACACCACCGACUGAUGAAAGUCCGAAAUCACCGAAACCGCCUUUAAAAUCUUUAUCUAUAAAACGACAACAUUCCUUGGAGCACGUUAGUGAGAUAUUCUCGUCAUCUGGUAGUGUGAAUUUGCAAAACCCCGCGGGGCGUGUGAAGACGCCGGGCGACUUGCCGGCGGCGGUGCGGCGCGCGAGGCGAGACAGAGCGCUACAGAAAGGCCGUGCGAGUGAGUGCAACAGACUGAGUCUAUACGAUGACAGGAUGAUGUUCGGAAAUAGCUUGUAACUUACUGUUUUAACUUAUUUGAUGUGAUAAUUUUAUGUAUUUGUCCUUUCUAUUACUAUUUUAUCUGCGAUUGAAGUAUUUUGUGUAUGUAUUGGUAGAUAGUGAUUUUUAAUUGCCGUCUGUACAGCAAAUGCUGUGCAAGUUAUGUUGUUAUUUUUUUUAUUUAUUUAUGUUUUUAAAUCGCAAUUGUAUUAGUAAAAUAUUACAAAUCAAGUAUUACGUAUGUCGAAUCAAGUAUUUUUUGAUCUUUGAAAAAAUCAAUGGCAAAUUAGUGCAAAACAUGAAUAAUUUGUCUAAUUUAUUUUUAAUUAUUUACUUAACUAAAAGUUUAAUCUCAAAUAUUUUGUCGAUACAACUAAAAUUAUAAAAAUACAUCAUUAUUGCAUACUACUCUUCUAAGCUAUAAUCAAAAUUUUAGGCACAAAUUCUUAAUCAUUUAAAAAAAAUCCUUGCUGUAAACAUUUACAUUACAUCUUAUUACAUUUUGCCCGAUAUAUACUCUAAUUACAGGAUGUUCCAAAAUUCAACAUAGAGAUUGAAACAAUAAUCAAAUAAUUUAUUAAUAAUCAGAUACUUUUUUGUGAUGACAAUGUGACGUUGGAUUUUGAGACACGCUGUAUAUUCUUUCUGAUGUUAAGUAACCGUGAUUUUAAGUGAAGUUAAUCGCAAAACAGUUUGAUUAGUGUUACAUUGUAUUUACUGUAGCUAGAUACAAGCUUUAUCGUAUAGUUACAUUAGAAAACUGACGUCGACAAAUGCAAAAUUUAGUGUAUUUUACGUUUCAAAUCCUGUUUAGUUUAAAUUUUAAUGGAGCCUUUUGACCUUUGAGUGUCCUUUAGAUAAUUCAGACGUAUUUAUCUUAAAAACCAUUUGCAUGUCAUUUUUGUUUUAAUUUUUUUAUCAAUUUUAUUUUUACCUGAAAAUAUGUUUGAUUCGUCAUUUUGGUGUUUACCGAUUUUAUAGUACAAAGGGUGUUUCUUUUGUAAUUUUUAUGACCUUAGUUAGUAUAAAAUAUAAUUUUACCGAAAGUUAUUAUUUGGAACUAAACAGGAUUUGAAACGUAAAGUACAAAUUGUUACCUCACGUAAAAUAAUUAUAAGAGAUGUACGCGUUUGAAUUGGCACAUUGGAGGAAAUCUUUUCCCCAAUUGCCAAAUCAAAUGGUACUAUAGUUAUGUUAGUAUUUUUUAAUUUUAUUCCCACAAUACGAGCUAAAUAGAUACUGUAAGGUUAAAAUAGAAAAGUAUUGUUUAGUAUAGACCAUACAUAGAAUUUGAUAUUCUUAUAGUUAUUGUUUUUGGCACAAUUUUUGAUUUUGUUACAUUUUUUU